CGGAGCAGAGGGAACCGGCGCGAGCAGCCAGAGCGCUGGGGGUGGGCGGAGCAGCGGGCAGGGGCGCCAGAGGCCUGUGCAAGGCUGGCUGGCUGACGGCUGCAGGGCAGAGCGGAAGACGUGUCCAACUCAGGGAGACUGAGCAAUUGCUCACGUGCUGGACGACAUGAUCUUCCUCACGGCGCUGCCCCUAUUUUGGAUUAUGAUUUCAGCCUCUCGAGGGGGCCACUGGGGCGCCUGGAUGCCCUCGUCCAUCUCCGCCUUCGAGGGGACUUGCGUCUCCAUCCCCUGCCGCUUCGACUUCCCUGAUGAGCUGCGGCCCGCUGUGGUGCAUGGCGUCUGGUACUUCAACAGCCCCUACCCCAAGAACUACCCCCCGGUGGUCUUCAAGUCCCGCACCCAAGUCGUCCACGAGAGCUUCCAGGGUCGCAGCCGCCUCCUGGGGGACCUGGGCCUGCGGAACUGCACACUCCUGCUCAGCAACCUCAGCCCCGAGCUGGGGGGCAAGUACUACUUCCGGGGAGACCUGGGGGGCUACAACCAGUACACCUUCUCGGAGCACAGCAUCCUGGACAUCAUCAGCACCCCCAACAUCGUGGUCCCUCCGGAGGUGGUGGCAGGUACGGAGCUGGAGGUCAGCUGCAUGGUGCCCGACAACUGCCCGGAGCUGCGCCCCGAGCUCAGCUGGCUGGGCCACGACGGGCUGGGGGAGCCGGUUGUGCUGGGGCGGCUGCGCGAGGACGAGGGCACCUGGGUGCUGGUGUCGCUGCUGCACUUCGUGCCCACCAGGGAGGCCAACGGCCACCGACUGGGCUGCCAGGCGGCCUUCGCCAACACCACCCUGCAGUUCGAGAGCUAUGCCAGCCUGGACGUCAAGUACCCCCCGGUGAUUGUGGAGAUGAACUCCUCGGUGGAAGCCAUCGAAGGCACCCACGUCAGCCUGCUCUGCGGGGCUGACAGCAACCCGCCCCCGCUGCUGACCUGGAUGCGGGACGGGACGGUGCUCCGUGAGGCGGUGGCCGAGAGCCUGCUCCUGGAGCUGGACCAGGUGACCCCGGGGGUGGACGGCGUCUAUGCCUGCCUGGCAGAGAACGCCUAUGGCCAGGACAACCGCACCGUGGAGCUCAGCGUCAUGUAUGCGCCCCGGAAGCCGACAGUGAAUGGGACGGUGGUAGCCGUGGAGGGGGAGACCGUCUCCAUUUCCUGCUCCACACAGAGCCACCCGGACCCCAUUCUCACCAUCUUCAAGGAGAAGCAGAUCCUGGCCACGGUCAUCUACGAGAGUGAGCUGCAGCUGGAGCUGCCGGCCGUCGCGCCCGAAGACGACGGCGAGUACUGGUGCGUGGCCGAGAACCAGUUCGGCCAGAGGGCCACUGCCUUCAACCUCUCUGUGGAGUUUGCCCCCAUGAUCCUCCUGGAGUCCCACUGUGCGGCGGCCCGCGACACCGUGCAGUGCCUAUGCGUGGUGAAGGCCAACCCUGAGCCCGCCGUGGCCUUUGAGCUGCCCUCGCGCAAUGUGACAGUGAACGAGACGGAGCGGGAGUUCGUGUACUCGGAGCGCAGCGGCCCCCUGCUCACUAGCAUCCUGACACUGCGCGGGCAGGCCCAGGCCCCGCCCCGGGUCAUCUGCACCGCCCGGAACCUCUAUGGCACCAAGAGCCUGGAGCUUCCCUUCCAGGGAGCCCACCGACUGAUGUGGGCCAAGAUCGGGCCGGUGGGAGCCGUGGUGGCCUUUGCCAUCCUCAUUGCCAUCGUCUGCUACAUCACUCAGACGCGUCGGAAAAAGAAUGUGACAGAGAGCCCCAGCUUCUCGGCGGGGGACAACCCCCCUGUCCUGUUCAGCAGCGACUUCCGCAUCUCUGGGGCACCAGAGAAGUACGAGGGCGAGAGGCGUUUAGGGUCUGAGAGGAGGCUGCUGGGUCUUCGGGGGGAGCCCCCCCAGCGGGACCCGAGUUAUUCCCACGCAGACCUGGGAAAACGGCCCACCAAGGACAGCUACACUUCGACGACGGAAGAGUUAGCUGAGUAUGCUGAGAUCCGGGUCAAGUGAGGGGGCCCAGGCAGCCAGGAUGGGCACCCCCGUUCCGGAUCCUCGCCGGACCCCACUGACUGGGCUCCCUUCCUCUCCAAAGCAGUGGGGCAAGGGCAGGGAGGGAACGGGCAGGUGAUUGUCUAAUGCCAGGGGCCUGACCUCCCGCUCCUUCCCAGCUGCACCCCCCUGACCGGCCAGCACGCCUCCCUGCCCCCAUGAUGGCUCCCCUCCAACUUCCUUUAACCUCAUCUGUCUGGAGGGGAGCUCUGUCUGUCCGUGUUAUUUAUUUUCACCCCUGCCCCUUUCCUGCUCCC